UCUUUGAAGUCUGAGGCGCAUGAAUAUAUUUAGAAUGACCUGAAUAUCUAUUUGUAGUUCCGUUUCUCGGAGGUGUUUUUGAAAUAAAAGAAGUGUAUGUGUGCUGGCAGGAUUCCUGCUGUGUGCUGCCACUGUUUACUCAUUCCUUUGUCACUUUAGGGAUUGCAUUCAUGUUUUAUCUGUGUUAUUUGCGUGUCAGCUGUGAAGUUCACUGCCUUACCUCUUAUCAAAACAAUGGGCAGCAGAGCAAGGUCCAUUAACAUGUGAAAGGGCGUGGGAGAAAAGGCGUGCGCGGCAUAUUACAGAAACAUGAGAGCAGAGAUCACCUUUGCGCUACCUGGGACGGUCCCGCAGCAGCCUGCACCGCCACAGCUCUCUGUUCCUGCGUGAAAGGAGCGAGGCACAGCACCAGAUGGACUCGGGAGUGAAACCAAGGUGAUCUAUUUCACAGAAACAAAGACAACACGUCUGAAUGGAAGAGAAAAGGCGAGGAAAGCAUGCAGCUGUAUUCGGCAUUAUUGCUCCUGCUGACGGCGCGGUGGAGGAGGAGCUGAGUCUGUGCGCGCUCUCAUCCAGAAGCUUCUUAUUUGCCUUGUUAAAACCUGCAUUGUUGAAGCAUUGAAAUAAAUAAAAUAAAAAGCGUGCAGUGAUGAAGAUGAAGCGCCCUCUUGGAUGAGUGUGAGCGCAUGGGAAGGAUGGAGCAGGAGCAGGUGGAUUCAGCCAAGUGGAGGCGCAGCACGCAGAGCAGGAGCGACGCACAGCAGCCACCGGACCACAACACCUGCUCCACGACCGCUCGCCUUUAGCUGCUGCAACAUAACUGGAUUUCUCUUCUUUAUUUUUUAUUUUUUUUCUUGCAACUUCUAUGUAACCAGGAGGAGAAAGUGAUGGACGCGCAGCUCAUUUGGAGAAUGCAGUAGUGGGGGGAAACCAAACCAAGGACUGCUCUGUUUGACUCUCAAAUCAAUCUUAUCAAGGACAGAAUCAUCUGCAGGGAUGCCCGGAGCACUCCUCUCAGCGCAGUCGCUCUACAUCGGGAUGGAGGUGGUGAUCGCCGUGGCGUCGGUGCUCGGGAACGUUAUGGUGGUUUGGGCGGUGAAGAUUAAUAAGUCUCUGCGAGACACCACGUUUUGCUUCAUCGUGUCCCUGGCUCUGGCGGAUAUUGCGGUGGGAGCCCUCGUCAUCCCUCUGGCCAUCACCAUCAGCAUCGGACUCCAAACUCACUUCUACAGCUGCCUGCUCGUGGCGUGCACGGUGCUGGUGCUGACGCAAAGUUCAAUCCUGGCGCUGCUGGCAAUCGCGAUUGACCGCUACCUCAGGGUCAAGAUCCCGACCAGGUACAAGCGGGUGGUGACAACUCGGCGAGCAGCGCUGGCGGUGCUGAUCUGCUGGACGGUGGCCUUCAUCGUGGGCCUCACGCCAAUGUUGGGCUGGAACAACCUUAAUCGUCUGCAGCAGAACGGCUCCAUUAGCUCCGACCUGGUCAUCACCUGCCAGUUCGAAAACGUCAUCAGCAUGGACUACAUGGUCUACUUCAACUUCUUCGGCUGGGUGCUGCCGCCGCUGCUCUUCAUGCUCGUCAUCUACGCCGAGAUCUUCUACGUGAUCCACAAGCAGCUCAACAACAAGAAGUUCACCACCAGCCACUCUGACCCCAACAAGUACUACGACAAGGAACUGAAUCUGGCCAAGUCCCUGGCUCUGGUUCUGUUCCUGUUCGCCGUCAGCUGGUUGCCGCUGCACAUCAUCAACUGCAUCACGCUCUUCUGCCCCGAGUGCGAGAAGCCGAUCGUGCUGCUCUACAUCGCCAUCUUGCUCACGCACGGCAACUCCGCCGUCAACCCCAUCAUCUACGCUUUCCGCAUCAAGAAGUUCCGUUCAGCCUUCAGGAAGAUCUGGCAGCAAUACUUCUGCUGCAAGGACACCCCGGCCCUGGAGAUCCAGCCCAGCGACCGGAAAGAGAUGCCGGAGCCACAGCAGGCGACACCACCACCGAUACAGCCACCGCAGCCUAAUCAGAAGGAAGUCUCCAAAUCUGAAACCCCACCACAACAACAAGAGCCUCCACCGGAGCAGCAACAGGACCAGAGCCAACCACCACAGCAACCUAAAGAACACCCGCCCUUACUGGAGCAGAACGACGUCUAAACUGGAGCCGAUCGGCUGGCUGGGAAAGUAACAACCGGUGCACGAGCUUCGGUUCUCUCCUCGUCUGAAUGUAGUCUGACGGGGAGCAGGAGGUGCUGCAGCGCUGCAGCCGACUGGGAUCAUUCAUCCAAAAUACUGGAAAAUACUGGAUUUGUCCGUACUCGGGAGGCGUGGAUUUACUGACGUUAUGGUCAAAGCAACAACAACAACAAAGAAAAAGCAAAAAAAAAGAAGGGUUAUCUAUUAAUCUAUUAAGUUGCAAUAAUAGAAAUCUUUUUAUCUUAGUAACAAACUGAAGACUUUAAGCUUUAACUGUUCAUUAUGGUCAAACAUUACAACGUGUGCAAUAUAAUUUAUUGUGGUUUAUCUACCUGCUAUAGAAGGACAGUUUAUAGAGCAGGUUCAUCUUACUACUGUAGUACUGUGUGUGUGUGUGUGUGUGUGUGUGUGUGUGUGUGUGUGUAACUGGUUGAAGAAUACGAAUGUAAUCAUGUAAAUAAGAGACGGCAGCAGCAGCAGCACAGCUUCUUCUUCAGGGUCUUAAUCGCACAACAGUGGUGGAGCAAGUGGCACUCUGAGAGAGAUUUCUGCAGCUGUGUGUGUGUCUGUGUGUGUGUGUCUGUGUGUGCGCUGAUAGAAGGGGUUUUUGUAAUCCCUAAACUCUUCUCCGCUGGAGCCCUGAGUCCCUCAGUGGAUGGAGUAGCACUGAUCCAUUACUGAGGAGAUGGACGGGGAUAAGAAACAAGCAGCUGGAGGGAAACGGGAGGUUUUAACCUUUGAGAAGCAGUGACCAGGAGCCUCUGCAGGACAACAGCUCCUCAUGGGGCAGAGAGACAACAUGCACUGAAAGCUCGUGUUUAUCCAGCCUCCGUAACAGCUGCUGGUGGGAGUUUUCCUUUUUUUUCCUCUGAUGAUAACAUGAUCACAGCGUACCACUCGGGACAGUGGCUUCCACGGCCUUACUCUGUGCUGUAACGAGACUGGCAAUGAAGAUUGUGAGUAUCUGAGCUCAAACAUUUUUGCAUAAAGCCAAACUGAGGCGUCCGUCAGUUAGUAACCAAACGUUUAAAAUAAAAACACUGUCUGUGAAUGUAAUGUAGUUCUGUUAUGUCUCUUGUAAAGACUCACUGCAGCUCUCCUGAGUGGGCGACAAUCUGAACUCUCUGGUGCUCGGACGGUUCAAUGCCAUCCACACCAACUGGACUGUACAGAAAUAGGAUAAAUAAAUGUAUAAUAUCAUGUCCUUCCUACAGGUUACGCUAUUUACAGCCUCAGUUUACAGUUUGGACUCCAGUAGAAUAGUGAAAUAUACAUAUUUGUGAUAUUAUUAUGUUAUUUUGUAGCUUGAUGAAUGAAUGAAUGAAUGUGACUACUGAGCACACAGUCCGAUCAUGUCUCCAAGAAACGUUUGUAUGCAACUAAUUUAACAGUAAACGCUGUUUGAAGGAAACAAAAUAACACCGGGUUACAUUCU